GGGAAUUUGUCUGCGCAUCCUCUGUCUUUAGCGAGAUCUGACUUCUGAAAGGGUAUUGUGAAAUCUUUUGCAAGCUAAUAACUGAAUCUACUGUUGAAAUAUGUGGGAGGAUGAAGAGAGCAGUUGAUGAGGCUUUUUAAAGUAGUAGCAAGGCCUGUUUAGCAACGUCGAAGACAAGUUGUUCCAAACCACAGACAUGCCACCUCAAAUCAAAAAAUGGUGCGUUUCGUCACCGCCUCUUGCGUUCUUUUCGCCACUUUGAGUGGCACCAACUUGGUCAAAGCUGAAGACCCGAGGUUCGUCAACUUGGUCAAAGCUAAAAUCAUCCAGCAGCACAACCUCCACAGCUGCGGAUUGCAAAACUUGCGUUUUGCCUGCGGGCGAUAUGUACAUACCGGUUAAGGGUAUGGGUAACGCCUUCUACACCACGACCUUCACUGACUUGUACUACACGACAGCAAUAGAUUGACCUACUUAGUCACCAUGAAUACUUGACGAGUCAUUAUAUAUAACGUGAUGGAAUUUUUUGUGCUGUACCGACUUAUCAAACCUAGAACGCAGCACCUAUAGUUGAACACGCUGUUUCGGAAUUCUCGUUCCUUCAUAACUGUUGUCUGAUCGAAAACCAAGAUGAACUGUAAGAUUCAAUCUUAAACACCAUUCCUAGCAUCUAAAGCAUAUUUUUUGACUGCCCUUUUCAUGAUCUUAGUCUUGGGCUUGUUUUUUGAUUACACGUGUAUAAUCUAGAUAUUAUUUUCAUCCGCCUCGACUACAUGCAUACGAGAUCAUCAUGCCUUUUCAAAACACGACUACAACGCCAAAGGCAGAAGUUUUCCCUGCUCGAGUUGAUCUCUCAUCUCUAUACAUACAAUUACAAAUUCAUCCGCAGCUCCAGUGUUGUGCAUACAGUGAGCUUCACGUUGCUGCUCCUAUCCUUAAGGAUAAGCGCAAUGAAUUAAAACAAACUCUCCCGACCACCCCCCCUGAUCAUUUUUUGUCAUACUUACUAUUCCCUGUCCGUCCGUCGUGUCUUCAACAUUUUUUUGAUUCAUUCGUUAGCGGAGUGUCUCAGAUGCCCCUACCGACAUCCGCGCGGGCGGGCAAUUAAGUGCCUUGGUCAGGAGGUAUUGUACACGAACAUGUAUUCUCGCCGUUUUUGGCACAUCUUUCGUAACCGAGUUUUUUCACUUUCUUUGAGAAUUCCGCGGAGCGAGAGACCAAGAAGAUGCGAAGAUAUGCGAGUCUGAGACCAAGACGAAAUGAGGGACUGCCUUGUAUAACUUUCGGGAUUCACAACUCUUCAAGUGAAAUAACAAAAUGUAGUAAACACCAUGCCUCUACUAGGUUGUAGUACUACUAAAACACCCUAGUCGUAGUUCACAUAGUCGUACUUAUAAAACACAAUAGAAUAACAAAACAUGUCGGCUCAGACUCGUACGAUCGAAGAUUCGAUUGAGCGGUCACUUGGGCCACUGUCCAAGAAGGCGCAAAAGAUGUCCGAGACGCAGAUCGUGUGCACGAUGGGGCCUCUACUUAAGGGUAGGCUAAAGGUGUUCCUGUUACUUUUUGCUUUGUUUCUCCUAAGUGGGGAAUGCAGAAAAAACGGGAAACAGGAACAGCAAGCCCCUAAGUACCUCUAAUCUACGUAGGUGCAUAGAGGAAUAUUCGGGAGAUCUGCGGAAAUGCAAAGAAGAAAUUAAGACUUUCGAAAACACAUGUGAUCGAAGGCUUAAGUAUGUGCAUGAUAGGGAGGGGCUGGACGAGUUGGAUUUCUCGAUUUGGACUGGGGUGGAGAAGAUGUAAGUCGGACUCGGGUAAGAGAACAAUUAUGUAACUGUGAUGAUUCUCGCUCUCGGCUGACAGUUAUACAACCAAAAACCGAUCAGAAUCAAUGUCUACGGAGGUACGGACGCAGCUUGUCCCUGCAACAGUAUUGGAAAUACCGUUACCUGGUUUAAUGGC